CAUCAAGCUUAUGUUUCAAGCCCUUCUCUGAGUACUGAGUUACUGUCCACCAUGUUUUUUUAAGUAUUGACUUAACUCUGUGUUACAGUACAAUGCAACCACAGAGUUUGGCUGAGGACCCGCCGAAACAGGAGCAGGAAGAAGAGGAGGAAGAGGAAGAGGAAGAGGACAUGGAGAUAUCAACCAGAUCAAGAGACUCUGGUUCUGCAGAACGUGCAGGACUGAAAAGAAAGCAACUUAGCCCUCAGCCAUCCUCAAAUGGACACUCACCCCAAGAUGAAUCAUUGAGUCCCAUUAAAAAGAAGAAGAAACCUGGCUUGGCUAAUUCAAGUAAAGAGCAGUUGACACUUAGACGUGGUCCCUUUGCUUCUAUGAAGCAGCCAUUCACCAAAGACCUUCUUCAUGUUGUACCACAGGAUGGUCGAAAUGACUUCUAUUGCUGGGUGUGCCACCGGGAGGGCCAGGUUCUGUGCUGCGAGCUCUGUCCUCGUGUCUACCAUGCAAAGUGUUUAAAACUGAACGCUGAACCGGAAGGGGACUGGUUCUGUCCAGAAUGUGAGAAAAUCACAGUCGCUGAAUGUAUUGAGACUCAGAGUAAAGCUAUGACCAUGCUUACUAUAGAUCAGUUAUCUUACCUGCUGAAAUAUGCACUACAGAAGAUGAAGCAGCCAGGAACUGAGCCCUUCCAGAAGCCAGUUUCAUUAGAACAGCAUCCUGAUUAUGCUGAAUACAUCUUCCAUCCAAUGGAUAUUUGCACAUUAGAAAAGAAUGUCAAGAAGAAGAUGUAUGGGUGCACUGAAGCUUUCCUUGCUGAUGUCAAAUGGAUAUUGCAUAAUUGCAUCAUAUAUAAUGGUGCCAAUCACAAACUAACAGCAACAGCAAAAGUGAUCAUUAAAAUCUGCGAGCAUGAAAUGAAUGAGAUUGAAGUUUGUCCAGAAUGCUACUUGGCAGCAUGCCAGAAGAGAGACAACUGGUUCUGUGAACCUUGUAGUAACCCCCACCCUCUUGUCUGGGCUAAACUUAAAGGCUUUCCCUUUUGGCCUGCAAAAGCACUGCGGGAUAAGGAUGGACAAGUUGAUGCACGCUUCUUCGGGCAGCAUGACAGGGCCUGGGUUCCAAUAAACAAUUGCUACCUCAUGUCAAAGGAAAUUCCCUUUUCUGUGAAAAAGACUAAAAGCAUCUUCAACAGUGCAAUGCAAGAAAUGGAGGUUUAUGUGGAAAACAUUCGCAAAAAGUUUGGGGUAUUCAAUUAUGCACCUUUCCGGUCGCCAUAUACUCCCAACAACCAAUUUCAGAUGUUAAAAGAUCCCCAGAAUCCAGCAGCCGGAACUGCUAAACCUGAUAAAUAUGAAAAAAUGAAAUUAAACUUUGAUAUGACUGCAUCACCGAAGAUAGUUCUCAGCAAGUCCAUGUUGAUCAGUGGUCCCAAUAGGAGAAUUUCACUAACGGAUAUGCCCCGCUCACCCAUGAGUACAAACUCUUCAGUACAUACUGGUUCUGAUCUAGAAACUGAACCUGCUGAAAAGAGUAUGAAAGCAGCUUCCAGUCACUUCAGUGCAAGUGAAGAGUCCAUGGAUUUCAUCGACAGAAAUACAGGUACGAUCCCCCAAGGUAAGAACUUGGGUGAGUAG